UUGUGACGAGUUAAGGAAAAACUGAGCCCCAUUACAAAUCCCAGGCUAUUCUCUUUUUCACCUUUCACAGGACGUCAACGGGGACCAAAGCUUUGGAAAUCUAUUUAAGAGCUUAUACUCAGCACUUUUUUGUUUAAGGCCAAGGUGAGAUCAUUGACCAGAGCACUAAGGUGUACACAAUGUGGGUUUCAGCCAGCAUAUAUGAGACUGCAGUCUGAUGCCCUCUCUGUCAAUUCCGCCUGCCAUGGACGGGCACAGUUAUUCACAUCAGGAGGGAUCUCAUGUGGACACUGGAGGGUUCAUCCUGCCUACUGCUAUGAGCCAUGUGUUCGCCAACAACCUUUGGAGCUUCCCUCAUCAGUCAUACAGCUGUCCUGUGCAAUCUGAAAACCAGCAACAGCUUUUCAACGGUGCAUCAGAGAUGCUCACGGAUGUGUUUCACAACGGCUUCGAAUUUGACUUCUCUAGUCUUGAUCUCCCUAGGAAUGGAGAACUCCCUCAGGACCUCUCUUGUCUAGAUGAUCUAGCAAACUUCUCCUCUCCAAACGACUCCUUGUCUGAAUACACAUAUACUAACUUCCUCAAUACUGACAACAUGGCACCCAAUGUGCCCACAAUAUGGGACAUCAACACACCAGCAUCAGUCCCAGAGAUUCCUAACAGGUUUCAUGGUUUAAACUCUUUGGAUGACAUCACUGCUAUCAUAAAUACACCACCAAUAGGAGGUUAUCAGAGACCCCAACCACAGCCAGAAGAGGAAGAGGAAAUAGAGGUGGAGGAGACAGAAGAGCUGGGUCACGUUGACACCUACGCAGACUACAUGCCCUCUAAAUCCAAUAUAGGAAUAUCCCACCCAGACCGAGUGGUUGAGACCAACACUUUAUCCAGUGUACCUCCUCCAGAUAUCACCUACAAAUUGUCCCUACCAGAUUCCAUAAUUAACAGCGGCAUCCUUUCUGCCCUGCAGCUGGAGGCCAUUAUCUAUGCUUGCCAGCAACAUGAAGUCAUCCUGCAGAACAACCAGCGGGCCGGCUUCCUCAUUGGGGAUGGCGCUGGAGUGGGCAAAGGCCGCACAGUGGCUGGAAUCAUUCUAGAAAACUACCUAAAGGGAAGGAAGAAAUCAUUGUGGUUCAGUGUCUCCAAUGACCUGAAAUAUGACGCAGAGAGAGAUAUUCAAGACAUCGGGGCAUCCAAUAUACAAGUGCAUGCCUUGAAUAAGAUAAAAUACGGAUACACCGCUACUUCAGAAGGGGUCUUGUUUGCGACCUACUCAGCGCUGAUCGGGGAGAGUCAGGCAGGUGGCCAGCACCGAACACGCUUGAAGCAGAUCCUAGACUGGUGUGAACCAACUUUUGAUGGAGUUAUUAUUUUCGAUGAAUGUCACAAAGCCAAAAAUGCUACAGCCACAAAGAUGGGCAAGGCUGUGCUGGAUCUGCAGAACAAGUUACCGCUGGCAAGAGUGGUGUACGCCAGUGCCACAGGUGCCUCUGAGCCAAAAAACAUGAUCUACAUGAGUCGUCUGGGAAUCUGGGGAGAGGGAACCCCCUUCAGAACUUUUGAUGACUUCCUUCACACUAUUGAGAAAAGGGGUGUGGGAGCUAUGGAGAUUGUUGCAAUGGAUAUGAAGGUCAGCGGGAUGUACAUUGCACGUCAGCUCAGUUUCUCUGGGGUUUCCUUCCGCAUAGAAGAGAUCAGUUUGGAUGAUGAUUUCAAACUUGUCUACAACAAAGCUGCCAAACUUUGGGCGGAGGCCUUAGCCUUAUUCAUGCAGGCAGCUGAUGAGCUGUGCAUGAGCUCCAGAAAGUCCCUGUGGGGUCAGUUUUGGUCAUCCCACCAGCGUUUCUUUAAAUACCUCUGCAUCGCUGCCAAGGUUCGCUGCCUGGUGGAACUGGCUAAAAAGGAGUUGGAAGCAGGAAAGUGUAUUGUGAUAGGACUACAGUCAACGGGUGAGGCUCGAACCAGAGAAGUACUUGGUGAAAAUGAUGGACACCUGGACAGAUUUGUUUCUGCUGCUGAGGGUGUGUUUCAAUCUCUGGUCCUCAAACACUUCCCAUCAGAGAAGCAAAAAACAGAAAAAGCAGCAGGAAACAAGAGGAAACGUAAGCCACGAGCAAGCCAGCCCAAGCAAGCCAGACAUGGUAUCGACAUGGCAGGAGUUAUUAUCAACAUCAGCGAUGACAGCACCACCGAAUCUGAUGCCAUGGACAGUGACUCCAACUCCUCGCCUGACUCUGUCCAGGACAACAGUGAUGAUGUCAUCUUCGUCAAUCACACUAGCUAUCAAAUGGCAAGGUUAGAGGAGAUGAAACAAGGGCUUCUCAACAAGAUCUCUGAGCUGGGAAAAGAACUACCUCUCAACACAUUAGAUGAGCUCAUAGAUAAAUUUGGAGGUCCAGAAAAAGUAUCUGAGAUGACGGGACGUAAAGGCAGAGUGGUGCGUCGGCCUGAUGGCAGUGUCGGCUACGAGUCCCGUGCUGAGCAGGGCUACACCAUCGACCAAAUAAACAUCAAAGAGAAGGAUCGCUUUAUGAAUGGAGACAAGUUGGUAGCCAUCAUAUCAGAAGCAGCCAGUUCGGGGAUCUCACUUCAGGCUGACAGAAGGGUGAAAAAUCAGCGGAGGAGGGUUCAUAUGACCCUGGAACUGCCUUGGAGUGCCGACAGAGCUAUCCAGCAAUUUGGCCGCACUCAUCGCUCCAACCAGGUCACAGCACCAGAGUACAUCUUCCUUAUCUCCGAACUGGCAGGCGAGCGGCGAUUUGCAUCUAUCGUGGCAAAGAGGCUUGAGAGCCUGGGUGCUCUGACUCAUGGUGACAGGAGAGCCACAGAGUCUAGAGACUUAAGCAAAUACAACUUCGAAAAUAAAUAUGGUACCAAGGCUCUUGAUAAGAUUACCAAAGCCAUUCUUGGUCAGAUUGAAAGCAAGGUACCCCCUCCAAAGGACUAUCCUGGUGGCGAUGCCAUGUUCUUUAGAGAAAUGAAGCAUGGUAUGAAGGACGUAGGUAUGCUCUGCAGUCAGUCACGCUUGGGAUUCAACAUAGAGAAAGACUGCAACAUCACUAAGUUCCUCAAUCGGAUCUUGGGCCUCGAGGUGCACAAACAGAACUCCCUUUUCCAGUACUUUACAGACAACUUUGACUACUUGAUCGAAAAGGACAAGAAAGAGGGCAAAUAUGACAUGGGAAUACUGGAUUUGGCUCCAGGUAAUGAUCAGAUCUAUGAGGAGACACACGAGAAGUUUCUGACUGCUGGAAACCCUCAAGAUGGCCAAGUUAUCCUUUAUAAGAUAAGUGUAGAUAGAGGUAUGCCGUGGUUGGAGGCUCUCCAGAAGGUCCAAACUCUCAACAACCAGGAUGAAGGCUUCUACUUGUCCCAUAAAUUUAGAGGUAACUACCCAUGCGUGCUGCUAGCCAUGCAGGGUAGGGAACACAACAUGAUCAUCUACAAACCAAACAUCGGCAAGCAGGCCCACAUGGAAAGCCUCGAUAACCUCAAGAAAAAAUACAGCAAGGUCACUCCAGAGGAGGCAAAGGAAAGCUGGGAGAGUCAGUUUACUUUUUCAUUCAAGAAAUGUAGUCAUGCUAACUGGAAUGGGAGGUGUAAAAAGGUAGAGGAGGGUCAAGAGUGCUUGAUGGGCACUCGGUUGCGUCAGUACCACAUGCUAUGUGGCGCUCUGCUUCAUGUCUGGAAGAGGGUCUCUGAUGUGGUCGCUGAUGUCACCAGCUCUAGCAUUCUACAAAUAGUCCGACUUAAAACAAAAGACAACAACAAGCAAGUUGGUAUAAAAAUCCCAGAGACCUGCGUGUCGAAGGUCCGUCAGGAGAUCUUCAAGAUGGACACAGAGGUGAAGCAGCGUCGACGAGUGAAGGAGCAGCAGGCGCAGGAGCAGCGACAGGCUGAGGAACAUCAGAGGCAGGAGUUAUUGUCCAGUUUAUUCACCAUGCCUUUGCCAGGUCCCAGCCUGGAAAGCCUUUCCACUCCAUACACGGACCCCAUCUCCUUCCCUUCUUUCCCUUCUCUAAAAAACCCUCUGGAGGAAAUCCUAGACCUGACCGUUUACAAUUCCCUACCCUCAUCACCAGUUAGCAAAGUUUGCCUGACUCUAGACGAUCUCUCUGGGCCGCCUGGAUCUGCGGUGGAUUACAUGAACUUUGAAGCAUUAAUUCGACAAAAGCAACAGCAACAACCACAAGAAGAGAGCGAAUCCACACAGGAAAGCAAUUCAGUGCCGGCGAAUGACCUGUUGGACUUUUUUUUUUCAUUAAACUCAAUAACAACACCCCCUAGUCAGACUGUCCCUGCCUCUUCAGACACACCUUAAUCGGCAGCCAUGGCCUCAUCAAGUCUCUUUUCUUCCUCUCCAGCUUCCUCAUCCUCCACUUAUUCCUUCCACUCCCUCACAAACAUUGUCAUCCUCAUCUUCAUCAUUGUCUCUCUUCUCUCUCCCUCCUAUGGACCAGCACAUGUUUCCAUUGCCCAAUGGCCACUGCAGCUCUGAAGCCAUCAUAAAUAUACGGGAGGUGUUGAACUGCAUGCUGUGGAGUGGACCAAAACCACACCAGUUCAUGAUUCAGUAUCCACUACCCGAGUGAGACACUUUCCAGUCUGACGCUCCUUUAAACACACACACACUCAGGGCUGUAGUCUCACCACUGAACUUCACGUCCACCACUGACCUCAGUUUCACUAGCAUGAGGUUCUGUUUCGCAUGAAAUAGGAAGAUCGUUUUGACCAGUUGGUGAGAAGAAAAAUUGUUAGCUGAGAAGCCAUUUGUUUUAAUCUGGUGUCCAAAUACCUGCUCAAACGAAAAGUUACAUGAGCUUGUUUUCUGCCUACAUGCACAUUGAGUAUGAUCCAAACACAGUUUGUUAUUAUACUAUUCUCCAGAACAUCAGGUUAUUUACUGGGGUGGUCAUCCUGGUUGUAACAUUCUUAGACAUUGAUUAACCAAAAAAAAGGGAAGGGGACAUUCAGAACUAACAUGUUCUUGCGCAAAAAAAAACAAUGCAGCGCAAUGAAUAGAACAGUACUCAGUUGCCACGAGAUGCACUUUUAAAAGUUUACGUUCUUUUUAAUCUGACAUGGCAUUUAAAAAAACGUGGCACUCCUUCACUAGAUGCUGAAAAAAAAGCAAAAAGUGGCGCAAUGGUCAAAGACCUCCAUCUUGCACGUUUACCUAGACAUUUAAGGAAAAACAGGGCAAAUGGAUGUUUGAUGUAAACUGCCGCUAAGCCUUGUUUUAAGUCCAAUAUAAAGUUAUAUCAGGUUUAAGUUAUAUCCUACCACAUUGUACAGUAUAUUUUGCUUGCGCUCUGCCUUCCAGUGAAGUUGUACAAGCCUCCAAACUGCAAAACGAACAACAGGGUUCACUUGAGCGAGAAGCAUAUUUUUUUUAUUUUAUUAUUUAUUUGUUAAACAAUCAUCAGAUUUACUUUUCCACAAUAAAUCUCUAGUAGACCAAACACUUUUCCUAAGGAGCAAGAGAACAGGCUACAUUUGAAAUGUGGCUUUGGAACAUACAAUAGAAUGUAGAUGUUUAAACAUUCUCCUGUGCAGUUUAUGUGCAGAUGUUUAAUUGUAUUUAUUGCCUUUAUUUAUCUCUCUAUUGUUUUAAAGUAGAACAGUCAUUCCUGCUGUCCCCAAUCUCACAGUGUAAUAAGACAAAAUAGUAACAGUCUAUUAGUAAAUUGAUUGGUUGAUUGAUCCCAAAAGGUCUUUAGUCACAUCUGGUUUCAGUAAUCUUAAAAAUAAUUUAUUUCUGAUCUGGAAAUUGUAAGAUAAUUUCCAUACAUCCAAGUAAGGAAAAAUAAAGAGACUGUGAAAUCAACGUUUGAAGCAAUGUAAAAUGCAUUUUGGUUAAAAUCAAGAAAGACCAACAAAGCUUUUAUCUUGUUGAAAUUAAGCACUUUUACACCCUAGUUCUUCUAUUGACACUUUUACCCAUUGUUAGAUAUGUUUUAUUUAAUAGGUUCAAAAAGCGAAAUUUUAUUUCACAUGACCUGCAUUACCAAAACAUUGGUAAGGUGUAUACGAAUUACUUGAUUAUUAUUUUAAUUUAAUGUUAAAGGGACAACCCGUGCUUUUAUAGGCUUUUCUAUUUUAUGUUUUAGUGAUACUAUGAUAUUUGUAAUUGUGUAGAUUUAAAAAAAUAUAUUGUUAACGAGAACAAACGGUUCAAAAGCAUUUAAACAUUUUAUUAGCUUGUAAAAGAUUUCCCUCUGUUCUUUACGACUGUCCUGGUGGUUGAAAUAUUUGUUUUGUAGCUUUGAUUUUAGUUUCUUGUCAUUCUUUAUGCAAAUGAAAAAUACAUUCUUAUAUAUUUUUGCAGCAAUAGCCAAAUAUCCAUUUUGAACAGAAACCCAAAUACUUACCUACAGAGUUUACUGGCUCAGUGGUGUAAAACCACUUCCUAUCUCAGGAUGAAAUCUGUUAGGUAAAGAUGUCAUUUUAUAUACCAAAUCAGAUAAUAUGUAUCCAUUAUGUUUAUUGUAUGCAUUAAGACAUGUUUCAUCUUAUAUGUGAAAUUUUGUCUCAUGACAGAGAUUAAAUAUUAAUUAUUUAUCCAUUAUUUGUUAUUCACAGCACAAAUUUCUUUUUUUAUUCUUUAAGGGAAUUUAUUCAGCCACAUCACCAAUUAAUGCUGACAGACUUUGGUCAAACAGAUUUGCAAUUGUGCAAUUACUUGUACUGUAGUUUCUCUCUCCUGAUUAUAGUUAUUGCACACAAUGUGUAACUCCCAUGAGAUUUAAUGAAAUUCAAUCAUUUGACCGAUUUACUGUCAUUAGUUUGUUUUAUAAAUUCCUACAGUUUAUAUUUUAGCGCAUCUAAUAAUUUACAUUUUACCUUUAGAAUUUAAAUGAUAGUUUAGAAGUAAAUGUAUCCAUAUCUUAUUCAGUGGGUGCCUCGCCAAAAAUAGCCAAUGAAAGAGAUGAAUACAGGACUAAAGCUUCUGUUAUGCACUCUAAUAUAGCGUCUUGUACAAUGAUGAAAGCACUAUAUGAUGAGGCCAUGAAAGUGAGACAAAGUCAAAUCUACCCCCUGUUACUAAAAAGUACUCUUAUUACUUAUUGUGUGUAUGAUUGAUGAUUAUGAUGUGCACUAAAAAAGUUUAUGUCUGUUGUGUGAUACAGUGCUGCCAUGUUUGUUUGCUCAUGGCCUUACAUGGGAAUGUGUUCAAUACUGUAAGCAUCUCGAUUCAUUGCCUUCACUUUAAUAUCAAUACACCAUUUAUGUAAAUUAUUGCAUAGAAAAUAAGAUUGCUGAAAGAAAACAUGCUACUGAAUGUAUCUUGAAACGUUUUAUUCCUGUUUUUCUGUCUGGCACUUUUAUCAUUGGUUUGGCUUUUUGUCGUUUUCUAUAUUUAUAAUUUAGAGCCAAUUGUAUAUAUUGUAAAAACAAAUUGUGCCUUUCAACUGUUUCUUAAAUAAAUUGUUUUCUACUUGUAUAUCUUAAUAUAAAAAACAUCACAAAAUAAAAUUUUGUUAUUAACAAA